AUGCUGUCCACCAGCUGGCUUUUCCUCCUGGUAUACUUGGGGCUGGCCUUUGCCGGCCGGCCGCCAACCGACGAGGGAUGCGUGACGGCGGUGUACACCGCCCUGGGUUAUCUCUCUUUUUCCGGCGACCCGGCCCAAGGAGCCUGGGAGGCGCGCUGUCAGAACCGGCUGAAGGUGACCUCGACGUAUGCCUCGGCGGAUGUUUAUUGUACGGAGGAGGAGCACAUCGCGGGAUUUGCUCAGUUGCAAGGCUACUGCCUUGAAUACGGCAGGGUCGACUUGAUCCCCCGCGAGCAGUUGGCCGAGAAUCUCACCCACGAUGCGCUCAGUCGCAUGCCGGUCGUCGAAUAUGGGCAGAUACCAAAGUCUCAGCGCAUCCCCACUGCGGUUCUAAUCUCUCCGACAUUUUAUCGUCGGACAUUCGACACAAUUGAUACUUGGCAGUUCGAGGUCUGGUCACACAAUGCAUUCGGCUUAUUAGGAUAUGCAUUCUGGGCCCUCGUUAUCGCUGUUGGCAUCUCCCACCGCCUCGUGCGACACAUUUUCCACGCGCUAGACAUUCGAGCAGGACAAUGGGCGCGUUCACGCCUACGGUGGCUGUGGAUACCGUUGGAUGGGAUAUAUCACUGGUUGCAGACUCAUCUGGUGGUACCGGCUCCGUUGUCAUCGCCACGGCGGAAGCUGCUUUGGUGGACGUUUCCCACACGCGUUGAAGCGGCGACCGUUCUGUUGUUCUGGGUGUUGAGCGUUGUCUUUUGCACGUUGGAGUACCGGCCAGUCGAGGGGAAUCUCUACUGGCCUUCUAUUCCGGACCAAAUCAUGCGCUACGCCGCUGACCGAACCGGUGUCUUAUCUUUCGCCAAUCUCCCGCUGGUAUGGCUUUUUGCCGGGCGCAAUAAUAUCUUCAUCUGGGCAACAGGAUGGAGUUUUGGGACAUUUAACUUGUUCCAUCGACAUAUUGCCUGGAUCGCUACUUUCCAGGCUGUCGCACAUACCCUCAUUUACCUUGUCAUCAUGUACCAAAAAGGCAAUGUCAUCAGAAAGCUUCACAAGCCGUAUCUGAUCUGGGGAACACUGGCAACUGUUGUGAUGGUCGUCAUUCUUCCAUUUGCAGUGCAGUGGUUUCGCCACCGGUUAUAUGAGACAUUUCUUCUCCUGCACAUCCUCUUCUCCAUUGCUCUUCUGUUCGGAUGCUUCUACCACACAAUCAUCUUCGAAGGCCACGACUACUGGAACUACCUUUGGCCAGCAGUAGCCAUUUGGAUCGCCGACCGUUCUUUACGCCUAAUCCGCCUCAUCUACUGCAACAUCCACGUGCGAGCCAACGCCGGAAAGGGCGUCCAGUACACGCGCAGCACAGCAACCUACGACCCAUCAUCCGACGUCAUCCGUCUUGAAGUGACCCCGGGAUCAGCACACAUUCGCCCCUCCCCGGGAGACUUUUACUACCUGUACCAGCCCUUCCGACUAACCGGCUGGGAAAGCCACCCAUUUACACUCGGCGCAUGGUCCUACGACACCCAGCACCGCGGAACCUCCCCCUCAUCAAAAGACAACGAAGUAGACAUAGAUGUCACCCAAGUGCCCCUUCUUUCCGACCCAUCCUCACCAGGCACAACCACCCCCGACGAGACCCAACUCAAACACCCACAACCACGCCAACACAGCCGCCAUAGCCAGCAGCGAAUUCCCAAAUUCAUCUUCUGGAUUCGUCCCUACGACGGCUGGACCCGCUCCCUGCGCCAGCAAUGCACCAAUUCCCCCGAUCUAACCACCACCACGACCAUCCUUCUUGAAGGGCCCUACGGCAACCACUUUCCGCUAUGGAGCUACGAAUCUGUCCUACUGAUAGCAGGAGGAACAGGCAUAGCAGCCGCGGUCCCGUAUAUCCAGGACCAUAUUGCAAGGUCAUCUAUCGAGUCAGACACGAUUCCCUCGAAGAGCAACAGCACCACGACCCAGACGAAGGAUAUGCACCUCAUCUGGGUAACCCGCCAAGAGGCGUUCGCACAGCAAGUCGCGGGAAGAGAAUUAGCGCCUGCGUUAGCGAGGGAUGAUUUCCGGGGGUCGUUUUAUUGCACCUCUUCUUCUUCUUCGACUCCUACUCCCGCCAGGUCCGGUGACGACGACGAAAGUGACACAGAUACUGAUCGACGAAGCAGCCGAGAUCAUCUCUGGAAGGGAGACACUGGGAAUAUAGAUAUCCUUCCCGGUCGGCCAGAUCUAGAAUCGCUCGUUCUGGACCACGCACAUGAAGCCCAGCUGAGUGAAUCAUCUGCCGUGGUACUGGUCUGUGGGCCUUCCGCGUUGGCGGAUGAGGCGCGUGCGGCGGUGCAUUUGGCUAUGAGAAGAGGGUAUCGGCGGAUACGUUAUAAGAUUACAUAUUUACAACGUGGUGUUGCUAAACUGAAUAUUAAUCGAUGGCUCAGUUGUCAAUCAACUAAUAUCAAUUUUUUAAAUGACAGUAGAUUCACACAAGCCUUAUGA